AUGUCCCCGCCGCGGUCACCAUCCCCUCCUGGCUCCAGCGCGCGUGCACCGCACCAGCCGUCCCCGCGCCUCACCGUUCCGCCGUGCACUGUUGCUGCGUCGUUCGCUGUCGCCGCCCCGCGUCCCCGUCCCGGCCAGCCACCGCACCGCCUCGCUGCUGCUAUUGCUUCUACUCUGCUGCGCUACCGCCGCCGAGUGCUAUCCCGGCGCCGCUCAUGCUCCCUCUACCCGCUGCCUCCCCGUCCUGUUCAGGCCGCGCUCAGCCCCUCACCGCCGGCCUCAGGCCACCGGCCUCCCCCUGCUCCGGCGCCCUGCCGGGUUCGCCCGCCCCGCGCGCCCCUAGGCGUGCGCCCGCUCGGGCUGCGCCCCGCACCCGGCGCCCGUUUAGGCCCCCUCUGGGUCAAUGACCAGUGGGGCCCCGCCCCCAAGAACGUUAAAAAAAAGUGA